UCCACAGGCCACUAGUAGACUGGUCGGAAGUGGGUCGGCUAAGCAUUAGCGGCUAUGAAGGUUACAGUCUGCGUGCUGCUGCAGUAAUAAGGUCUGUCUGCCUGUACUGCAUUGUUGGAGUCGGUUUCACUCAAACUACAUAGGGAAAGCUUACCUGUCUGUCCCCCUCCUCAUCUUCUCCCCUGAAAUUAUCCUCCUGUUCCUUAUCUCAUCACCUGGAAGCUCUCGCAACAUGGCAGAGGCCCCAGCGUUCAUUGACGAUGGUCUGCCUGUCCAGUGGAAUCAUUCCAUUCGACCCAGCAGGAAGCUUGGAUGCUCCAAUAUCUUUUCGGGGGUCAACGUGCAUCAACUGCGCAGGCUGUUCAGAACAGCAGGAGACAGAGAUGCUAAGCAGCGGGCGAAGCUGGUGUGGCGUGGAGUCGAUGCAGAUAUAGAGGGAGCAGAGGAGAGGAGGGAGAGGGACGAGAGAGAGGACGAGGCAGGACUCGCCAGGGCCUUGGUGGGGCUCAGAGUCCGAACAAGGAAUAGAGCCGGCAUCAGAGUGGAAGGACACAGAGACCAAAAGCAGCCUAGAGCCUCAGGAUAUGUCAGGCCUGAGGAGCUGUUAUCAGACUGCUCUGUCGAGGAUGAAGAGACUGCCUUGGCGCCAAGUCCGGACAAAUUCCUGUUGGAUGCUGAGGAAGAUAUCCCAGAAAACCAAAAUCCCUUCAAACCUUCGUCAUGGAGGUUGGGUUCGGCCAGGCAGGACAGUGCCCAAGACUCUAAGCGUUACCUUCACCACAUCCUCCACUAAAAGCUGCCUGGAGUUUGAAAUAACACACAAGGGUAGAAAAUGGGAUGAAGUUGUGAAUUAGGACGGAUUAUGUGUGAAAGUUCACAAUUUAUUCCUAACUUUAGACCCUUUCUGCUAUGUACUCUACAUAUUAUACCCCAGCACAAGCAGUCUGGUAAACCUCCUGUGGGAUUAGUCCAACGCUUAAAGGUAAACCAAAUCUCCACAAACCCCUGAGGAAAUAUUUGUCUCUUUAGCUAAUGAAGGCUCCACUUUAUUCACCAGCCACGGUACGUGUGCAUAUGCGUGUGUGUGUCUGCCAAUCUGUGCUGACUUUGCCAGAGCUUUUUCCGCUGAAAACCACUGCCUGCAGCGGCUGGAAACAGAGCUGAUGAGAGCUGUGAGAAAGAACCAAAAUAGUAAUGUAAAACCAAAACAAAUCAGCUCGAAGGAACUGCAGAGUCAGGUGAUAAUUGUCUGUGGAACCACCACAAGCAGCUCCUCUCACAAACACCUUCUGUAGUCACUUGAUCCAUCUGUAAUAUAAUACCAUUGAUAAGAGCAGCUGUAAAAGGUGAUCGACUGUAAGAAUCAUUGAUAACAUGUCUAACAUUGUCUGCAGCUGUAAUUAUAAACAGUAUACAAGAACAGUAAAGCACUUUAAGCCUGGCAGAAUUAA